AUGGAUGAUAGAGUUGUAUUGAAGAUUUAUUACUACAGACAGAUCUUAUUACAAACAUAUGAGGGAGUUCAAUUUGUGUGUGAAAAUCCAUUAGAUGUUGUUAUUCCGUUCACAUUGUCAUUUGAGGAGUUGAAAGGUGUGAUUUGUGAGAAGAUAGGCACGCAAAGAUGUAGGAGAAUAUCGUGUAUUUUGUACAGGUAUCCUUUACCUGUGUUUGGCGGGUUUGUUCAAUUUCAAACCAAGUAUGUGAUGGACGAAGCGAGUAUGCAGGAAAUGUUUUCAAUGUACAUGGAAAAUCGCCACCGAAUAUCGUGCAUCGAGUUAUAUAUUGAGUUUGAGCAAUCUGAAGCAGACCGUAACAUUGAGUUGGAAGAUUAUAAUAGUGAAAGCGAAGAUGAAUUUGAAAGUAACUAUGAGAUCGUCGGUCCAGGUGAGGACGAAGAAGCAGCUGUUGGCGCCAUGAACGCAGAUGUGGCGGAAGUUGCAAAUGCACUAGCAAACCCGCAUCCGUUUCAGGAGCCUUCUUUCAUGCGGUCGUUGGAUUUGAGGGCUAUGCACGCACCGGAGUUUCCGCAAUAUAUGAAUACAGCCCCUCCUGUUGUGGCGGAUGGUGAGUUCACAGUGGGGAUGGAAUUCAGCUCAAGGGAGGCAGUAAUCAAGGCAAUGAAAGAUUAUACCAUCCGGAGAGGUGUGGACUAUCGGGUAUAUGAGUCGGAACCGACGACAUUCUAUGCCAAAUGUAUAGAAUAUGGGAAUGGUUGUGACUGGUUGAUCAGGAUAACCAAAAUGCAAAAGAAGUACUGUUGGGAGAUAAGGAGGUACAAUGGAAGUCAUACUUGUACCAGGUCUACUAUUUCUCAAGACCAUUCGAAGCUGGAUUCCAAGACAGUUGCAGAAGCAAUAAAGCCGUUGGUAGAGGUUGACCCGUCUAUAAAGGUAAAAUCUGUAAUUGCUGAUAUCCAAUCAAAGUUUAACUACACCAUCAGUUAUCGCAAGGCUUGGUUAGCAAAGCAGCAGGCGGUCGAAUCAAUUUUUGGAAGUUGGGAAGCAUCGUAUGAAGCUUUGCCGAUAUGGUUUGAGGCCAUGUGCCACAAAGAGCCAUCAGCAGUGGUUCACUUUGAAACAAUGCCAGCUUACCAGGGAGAUGAUUUGGUUCCUGAUAUACGUGUUCUACAUAGAGUCUUCUGGAGUUAUUACCCCUGUAUAAGGGCCUUCAGACACUGCAAGCCAGUGGUGCAGGUGGACGGGACUCAUUUGUAUGGAAAAUACAAGGGCCGCCAUCUCUCAAUCAGAGCAUUAAUCAUUGCUGACUGGCCUUUAAUAACUCCAAUUUGGGAUGUGCCUCAACAAUUUGGUACACUUUUUUCUGAGCAACCUGCGUCAACAUGUGGUGACCCGCAUAUUGAGUCCAACUUCUUGAGGAAGUUCAAAGCACCUUACCUGCAGAAGCUUAUCGUCAACAUUGGAUAUUCAAGGACGACCAGGGAGUACCAGAUGCGCUAUGAACGAUUAAAGGAACGGGGUGAGGCUUACACCAAUUGGCUUGAUCGGAUCCUUCGUGAGCAGUAUGCUUUGGCAUUUGAUGGUGGUUACCGAUAG